AUGGCUGCUCCAGCUACCCAGACCACUGCCUCCAAGUCUUCCAAGAAGAAGGCUGCCAAAGCUCAGGCCCGUACCGAAUCUCCAGCUCCCAGCACUGAGUCAGCCCCCACUGAGAAGGUCGCCGACGCCCAAGACGAUGUCUUCGAGAGCCCUUACAUCAAGGAGCUGCAAAAGAACAUUCGCAACACGGCCAAGAAAUUGACCAACGCUGCCAAGUUAGAUUCGGUCCUUAGCCAGCACCCUGGAAAGUCUCUCGAACAGCUGGUCGACGAGCGAGUCAUCAACGCCGACCAAAAGGCCCAGCUCCAGAAGAAGCCUGCUCUUCAGGCUGCGCUAGCUCAGUACGAGGAGCAGCUUGUUCAAUACCAGAAGAUCCACGAACAGUACCAGACUCGGGCGGCGGCCGAGAAGGCAGAAUGGGCCAAGACGCUUGAGAAGACCAAGGAGGAAGCGCUCAGCGAAGUUAAAGCUGACUUUAAGAACUCUCUGGAUGCCAAACUUCUUGUUCUGUCCCAGUUCUUGCGCCUGGCGGCCUACCGCCGUGAGGAAUCUCAGGAGCCAGAAUCUGAUGAGAGCCAGGCUAUUGAGGGCGUUCUACUCGCUAUCUACUCUGGCGACGAGAAUGCUGUUUCUGCCAUGCAGAGGUUGAUUGAGGGUUCUGACGACAAAAUUGUCAGUGUCCCUGGAGACCAGCUCCAAACAACUUAUGCCACUGUUAAGACGCUCGCACAAAGCUACACUGCGCCGUCCUACGCUGAGCCAGAAGCACAGCCUGCUGCUGAGGCAGUGUCUGACCCGACUAUUGCAAAUGAGGCCGCCACUGAGAUUGAAGCUGGAGAUGGCCCCCUAACCAACGGACACGGACAUGUGGAAGCUGAGCCUGCCUCCAACGGCCUUGCUAAUGCCAAUGUCGCGGACGAGGCUGCCAAUACAGUUGCUGAGAGCCAGUGGGAUACUGGCAAUCAAGACACUUCCCUUUCGCAGGAGUGGGUUGACGUGUCUAUUCCAAGCGGGCCAACCGAAGCUGAGGCCAACGCGGAACCCUCUGCUCUUGAUGCUAACAAGCAGUCUUGGGCGGAUGAUCACCCUGAUCCCGCUGCUGAGGUAGGCCUCUUCUUUGCAUUUUGA